AUGGAAAGCGGAACCCUCCGUCAGCAUCUUUAUGACAUAGACAGCCCCUUACCAACUCACGAUCCGUUAACGUGGAUCCAACGGCUAAACAUUGCAAUACAUUCAGCAAGCGGUUUGCAUUACCUUCAUACGGGAUUCCAGAGCCCCAUUAUUCAUCGCGAUGUUAAAUCCUCCAACAUUCUCUUGGACAAAAACCUCAAUGCCAAAGUGGCUGAUUUCGGGCUAUCAAGAGAGCGCCCUGCUGUGGAUAACGCUCAGCUAAGCAGUGCUGUGAAGGGUAGUUUCGGGUAUCUAGACCCAGAAUACUACCGGCGACAUAGAUUGACCGAGAAGUCGGACGUGUACUCUUUUGGUGUGGUGCUUUUCGAAAUCUUGUUUGCCCGCCUUGCCUUGGACGAGACACGUCCCACGGAGCAACAGUUGUUGUCUGAAAGGGCUAUACACUGUUACAGAAACAACAUUCUUCAGCAGAAUAUCGACCCGUAUCUCAUGGGUGAAAUCAGGCCGCAAUGCUUCAAGUUGUAUGCUGAAACUGCCAUCGCGUGUCUUGCUGACAAGGGGGAAGAUAGGCCCUCGAUGGGGGAUGUACUUGUGAGCCUCCAUCUUCAAGAGAGUAACGAUCUUUUCCUCCGGAUGGCACCCGAGGGUUUCGAUGGAACUGUAGGAGGUAAUUAA